UUUCAUAAUUUUAAUCAGACUUUCACCUCUCUGGACAUGGAAGUGGGAAAUCGCACCAUCCUGACUGAAUUCAUCUUGGUCGGCUUCUCAGCAGACACUCGGUUACAGCUGAUUCUAUUUGGAAUAUUUCUGAUGCUCUAUUUGAUAACCUUGUCAGGGAACAUGACCUUGGUUAUCUUAAUCCGAAUUGAUUCCCAUCUUCAUACACCUAUGUACUUUUUCAUAGGCAAUCUGUCUUUCCUAGAUUUCUGGUACACCUCUGUGUAUACCCCCAAAAUCCUGGCUAAUUGUGUCUCAGAAGAUAAGCAUAUUUCCUUGGCUGGCUGUGGGGCCCAGAUGUUCUUUUCCUGUGUUGUAGCCUACACUGAAUGCUAUCUCCUAGCAGCCAUGGCUUAUGACCGCCAUGUGGCAAUUUGUAACCCCUUACUCUAUUCAGGUACCAUGUCCAGUUCUCUCUGUACUGGGCUAGUUGCUGGCUCCUAUAUCGGAGGAUUCUUGAAUGCCAUAGCUCAUACUGCCAACACUUUCCACCUGAGUUUCUGUGGUAAGAAUAUCAUUGACCACUUCUUCUGUGAUGCGCCACCAUUGGUAAAAAUGUCCUGUACUGACACAAAGGUCUAUGAAAAAGUGCUCCUGGGUGUGGUGGGCUUCACAGUCCUUUCCAACAUUCUUGCCAUCUUGAUUUCUUAUUUCAACAUCUUCCUGGCUAUCCUAAGGAUCUGCUCGGCCUCAGGAAGGUGCAAAGCCUUCUCCACCUGUGCUUCCCACUUGAUCUCAGUCAUGCUUUUCUAUGGAUCCUUGCUCUUCAUGUAUGCAAGGCCUAGUUCUACCUACUCCCUGGAGAGAGACAAAGUGGCUGCCCUGUUCUACACCGUGGUGAACCCAUUGCUCAACCCUCUCAUCUACAGUGUGAGGAAUAAAGAUGUCAAAGAGGCUUUCAGGAAAGCAAUACAGACAAUACGACCACAAGGAUGA